CACCAGACCAACAGGCCGCUCUCGCACAUCCGAUCCGCUCACACACAAACCAUUUCACAUUCAUCCAUCCAUUCAUUCAGCUACGUGCCUCUCAUCAUCCGCCCUCUCGGUGGUGGAGGCGCCUCAGGGUCGUUGGCAAGCCUCUCGACGAACUUGUCUUGGUUGAAUGUGAGCAGCUCCUGUUGCGGCGCCGGCAGCAGCGAGGCCACCCCGUCCCAGUAGCUCGAUGGCGGGAUGAGGUUGAACAGCAGCUUGGCGAGGAACUUGACGGGCCGCGACUGCACCAGAAACACCAGCGGCACGCACAUAAGGAACAGACGGCGCUUCUGCUCCUCGCUGGGUGUGCUGCCCGACGAUGAUCCCCCAGAAGGGCCGAACCGCCACAGCACCAGCAGUAGGGCCGCCAGGCGAAUGGUCGACGCCCAGUGGAUGUCCAGAUUCAGCUGCACAAACCGAUGCAGCCGCCCUUGCAGCGAUCGGGGCCGCCUGGGGUAGUGCACCACUGCUUCUGGGAAGGCCUGGAGGGGCGGGGGAGCGGUGGGAUGGUCGGUGCUCUCGCCUUCUUCAUUCUGCUGGCUGCCCUCAGGACUUGUGGGCGGUCUUGCCUUCUUCUGCUUGGUCAUGUGUUGCUGCUCCAUAGCUUCCUCGAGAGCACGAUAGGUGUCGCGAAAACGGGCGAUGAGCAUGACGCCUGACGACUCGUCGCCCUUUAGCUCAUCCCCCAGACCAUCGGUGUCCGACACGUCCUCUCCACUGUCAGCACCGCUGGCCCGCCGCCACAGUGCGGCAUAGUACUGCAGGGCAGCCAGGUGAGCCGACAACGCAGCCCGCUUCUCCUCCUCGUUCAUCUUCGACACCACCAUCUUGCCUUGUGUCUGAUCGACGGGCGGCACCAUGUCCAGCAGCACCGUGGCAGGCUCGUCCGCUGACAGGUCGUCAAUCACAUCCGCGAGGUCCAUGUCGUCAUCCUUCAGGGCCUGGCUGCCCACAAACAGCCGCUGGAGUGUCGCAGGCGGUUUCCCGGGGUAGCUCUGUUCGAUGGCUGCCUUGAGGGACCGGACCAACGUGUCGUGAGGGGACAGGGUGAUCAGCUGCUUGUGAUCCAGAUAUCGGCUGCCGGACGCUGUCGUCACGACCAGACGCACAUCGGCCGCCAGGGAGCAGCGGAACAGGAAAGCGGAGACGGUGCAGAGGAACACGCGAAGCGCGGGGAAGGGUAUAGCACUCCUGGAUGAGCAAGAUGCGCCGCAGCGUGGAUCUGCAGCAGCAUCGCCAUUAUGGAUCCACCCAUUUAUCGUCGGCAUGGGGGGCGUCAGAAUCAAUGCAGCUGGCUCAAUUGUGCCAUAGAUCCACGAUGGAAGGGAAGGGCCUCUGGGCG